AUGGUGCCCAUAACGGCAGAUGAUGGAAUUGAAGACAUAACGACCGACGAGAACGGCGGUAAUUCUAAUUCGAACUUCAUCUGGACAGAUAUAGAUCUGUAUGUAUACACACUGCUGAUUUUUAUUUUUAACGGGAGCAUAUAUAGGGGGAGCGAUCGGGCGAUCACCCCCCCCUGGGCAUUGUUGAAUUUGUUUCAUGCAUAGGUAGUAGGUACAUAUACUUAUUUUAUUAUUAUUAAUCAAAAAUUAAAAAAAAAAGUUUCUUUUAUUUGGAAAUGGUUAUCAAAACUUCUUAAGAGAUUGAUAAGAGAUCAGAUAUAUUGUAGCUAUCAUCAACAUAUACAUCUACUGUUGGUUAUAAUAAUUAAUACGAUUAUUGUCUGCACUCUGUAACCAUGGUCCUUGUUAUUAAAUUAUUCUUUUUUCGAGGAAUGUGACUAUAGAGCCGUGAUAACUCUAUGAUAACAAAAAUUGAUAAGCUUUAAUGGAAAGACGACCAUCGUAGCAGCACUACAAGUCUGCAGAACUUAGUUUUCGGCGUUUGCCGUAAUGAAUUAAUAAAUUAAUGAAAACUGCUAAUAUUCAUUAAUGCUCAAUACUGAAAUUCGUAAUACAUUUAUACACGAAAUAAUAGCUAUACAUAAUAGCUAAUAAAGAUAUUAGGAAAAAAAAGCCUCUGACCAAAAACCACAUAAGGAAAAAAAAACCUGACGAAGCAAACAAAUACUUCUUUAAUAUUUAUCUUCAACAAAAACUACAAUCAGAUAUUCUUACAAUAACCGAUAUGGAUAAAUUGACUACAAAUAUACAACUAAAAUUAUUAUUUGUAAACCCUGAGCCCAAAUAUACAAUAUAACAUAUAUUUGGUACUUAUACCCACAGCAUAUUAUUUUAUACUAUUCAAUAUAGGGUUUUUCAAGCAAUAAAUAAGAAAAAUAAGAUAAAUAUAUAUAUAUAUAGAUUAAUAGAUUUCCAACAAAAGUAGGAAAUAAGCAAUAAUAUACGUGAAUCAUGUUUUUGAAUAACUACCUAAUUAUUUUUUCUAUUUUUUAUUUUUUUUUAAUGUAUUAUAUUAAUUUACAAUGGGGCUUUUUUUUCCAAGCCUUCUUUUCAAUACCUAUGAAAACAUUUUCUUAAGAUGCCAAUAACUGUAUUUUUUCCCUAGUGCUUUUUUUCCUUAUGUGGUUUUUGGUCAAGGGCUUUUUUUCAGGUGCUUUAUCAUCCUCAGUUCCUAAUAACAGUUAUCAAAGUGGGUAGAAAUCAAUUAUUCAAGUUCUAAGUAAGCGAAACGAUCGGGAAAUUUUGAACUACCGAUCUAUUUAUAAUCUAUAACACUUCCGUUUAUAGACAUAUACUUUCAUAACUAAUAAUUUAUAAGUAUGAUUAAAGUUCGAAUUUUGCCCGCCCCCUGGAAAAUGAGCUGAAUACGCCCCUAAUCGAUCAUAGAUUACAUUUUAUUUUUAUUGUGUGUUGCAUGAUAAAAUAUAUAAUUUAUUUUAUCACGGUACCUAUCUUCUAAAUUUAUACAUACACACCAUUAACUCCAAUAAUUAAUUGUGGCUAGUUUGUUGUUGGUUUUUUAAUAUAUUAUUUAUUAUUUCCGCACGCAUAUAUUAGUGCGGAAUAAUAAAAAAUAUGAACGGAAAAAUAACUCGAGCACAACACUGCAAUACACAUAUUUAAAGUUGUUAUCAUUUUAAAAUUAUAAAUUGAUUAGAUAUUGAUAUAUUACAUUUCACGAAUUAUCAUGUGAUAUAAGCUUGUCGCCGACUUUGUAUCCAGUCGAAUAAUACCUAGUCGAUUGUUUUUCAUUCGACUACAGUCAUACGUUUUUUCAAGAAUAUACCAAACAUUUAUUUUUAUGCAAUGACAUUUUUAUCACAUGUAUCAAAGUUUAUUACGAUUUUUUAGAAUCCCCCUCCUCCGAUCAAAGGGGUUAAAAUAUAUAAUUAAAAAAAAAAAAACGUUAUUGUAAUUCGUUCGUUUUUAUCGUUUGGCCGUCAAUUCAAUUUUCCAGUACAUCCGACAAGGAGAGCUACGAGCUACCUAACGGAGAGGAAGACACGGAGAUGUCGCCCGCCACCAACGUGUUCACAAUGUUUGUAUACUCAUACUUAACGACUACCGCAUAUUAUUCUGUAUGUUCCUAAGUCCAUCUGCGGUGGCAUCGGUUCCCCAAUGACAUAUCACCUUAUCAACCGCCGCCUUAAAAAGUCUAGCCGAUGUGGCGUGAUGCAUUUGUUAUCAUAAUUUGUAAACGUAAUACUUGUACUUACAUCUAUUAUUAUACUAAUUAUUUGAUAUCGUUUGUAGUUCCGCUACGUACACCGAAAACUGUGUAUUUUUUUAUUGUUUCACGGUGUCAUCGCGGUAUGACUAAUGACACCCACUAAUGCCAUCACAAAACAAUAAGGAACAUAUAGAUGUAUAACAUAUAAUUGUAUAAGUGGCAGCUAUAUUUUUAUCGCGCUGUUUUCUGUAUUUCAGUGACGUCGAAAGUCUGAAGAGACAAAAGCGGCUCAGGAAGACUUAGUGGAGAAUAACAAACGGGAACAGGUACCUACCUAAAAUUACUAAUAAUGUAUGGGCGUCAUGCGUUUGGGUGAAUUCACUCCAGCCCAGUGACGGAUCCAACAUCCGGGCAACCUAGGGCAUGUCCGACCGGUCCCCAGUCAUGUGGCCCCUUUAGCGAAAAGGGGGAUUUAAUAAAUAAAUAAAUAGGUAUAAAAAUAGUUGAGCUACAACACAUCACAUUCUGUGUGUUCCAAAAUCAAUCUGCUAAUCCUGCAGCGGAUUGAUAGAGUUUAGGAACACUUUUUUUGUUAUUCAGUUGAAACAUAUUGGUUAAUACCAUUAUUUAAGGUUACCAACAGGCCAUAAUCACCAAUAUUUUAUUCUUAUAAUUUUUCAUUGUUUUCAUCGAGAUCUUGGAGUAUAAACUAUAAAACAUUUAAUUAAAAGUUGAAAUAAAAUAUAAUAUAGGUAUACAUACAAGGAUUAAAUGAUUUACAAAUCGAGUCAACAUCUAAAUGUUUUAUACAAGUAUUUCCAGCUCACAAAAACCGUAUUUACAUUGUAUUAUACAUGUCGAGUGUUGGAAUUGGAAUUUGGAAACACGUUAGCACGUUAGAUAACAAAUUUUAACGCAAAUUGUCCCAUCAAUCUGCUGGAUUUAGGAACACACUGAUUAUUAAACGUCAUUAUACAGUACAGAAUGAAAUUAAAAAUAUAUAUAUUUAUCAUAUUAUUAUUGUAGUGAGUUAAAAAUACCAAAACUGACAACUCUCAUUGUCGACCCAUGUAGAUUUUAACUUAACUUUACAUAUUGCCGUCAAAUUGCUUAAUAAUUUAUAUUUUUACAUCGUGCGGUUACGGAUCAUUAAAGAAGUUUGAAGAAGUACACGCAUUGAUAACUACCUAUAAAAUAUUAAUUUAAUUUAAUUAUUAAUUAAAUAAGUUUCUUAUAUUAAUUAUUGUUAUUAUUAUAUUAUUUGUAUUAGUAGUAUAAAAUAUAAGGUACAUAUAUUAAUUAGUAAUUACGUACUAAUAGAAAUUAUCGAACUCAUCGGUUAACGAAGUGUUCACAUUUGUUGACCAAUUCAAAUUAAUAAACUUGACACUUCCGUCAAUGAUUAAAUUACAUUAACCUUUUAUAGGUCGCGCUAUUCAGAAUCUCGUUAGCAGUCGCGCUGAGGUGUUAACACCGCUAUUUUAUUUCUUUAUUUUCAGUGUAGAUUUUAAAUACUGUUAUAUUUUAUUUUGCAUAAAACAUUAUAGGAAUAAUUUACAAAGACAUUUUCAAACAUUUAAAUUAAACAAAUAACUUAAUUCAAACUUAAUGUUAUACAUAUUAAAAAAAUUUAACAUAAAAAUGGGUAUUUUAUUUCGUAUUUACGUUUCAACAUUACUAAUUUUUAAUAAUAUUGUUAUAUGAGUUGGUAACAUAAAUUACAUAAGUCAUUAUUUUAUUAUGUGUUCUUAUAUUAAUUCUAAAACAAUUAUUAAUAACAUUUAAUAAUUUAAUAGAAUAUCAUAAUAUGGAUGAUAUUAUAUAAAAAAAAAAGUUUUUUUGCCUAAUUGCAUUUUAUUUAUUUGUAUCCAAUACUUGUGUUGUUUUAUAAGUAAUUGAAGUAAUAUUUGUUAUAGGUUAGAGUUGAAAGUAUUAUGUCAACGAUGUUUACUUUUUUUUGGGAGGGGGAAAGAAUAUUUCUCUUACCCAUGUUUAAAAUGUAAAAAAAAUUACUUGGUUUAUAAUAUCUUGUAUUUGUAAUUAUUUUGUAAUUAUUAAUUUGUAUGUAAUUAUGCUUUGCAUUAGGAUCAACCAUAAGUAAGUUUCGGCACUGCCUAUGCAUAAAAGAAAACUCAUUUUUAAGUACGUCGAUGAUUAAAUUGUAACCUAACCUUUUUUACGGUGCAGUCCGACCAUUAUCGGUUAUUUUCAACUCAUGUGCAAUUCGACUAAAAUAAAUACAAUUCGACCUUACCCUUAUCCAUCAUUAGCCCAGGACCCUUGUUCAAAUGGUUUUUUUUUUUUUUUUGUUUAUAUAAUAUGUUAUUAUUAUUAUUACUAUAGCGAUCUAUACCGGAGUUCUUGUUCGUCCGGUCGUAGUUCAAAUCGCGUAUCACCCGACGAUAUUAAGUACUCCGACAUGUCCGUCCAAGAGGACUUCAACUAUAAGGUAUACUGCAACGACUGCUAUUUAAUUAUUUUAUUUUUUAUUUUUCCGAAUAUUCGUUAUAAUAUUAUCUAAUAUCUUAAGUGCCUAUAAUAUAUAUUAUUACAUUCCCAUUCACCUCCCCGUCCGGUUGAGACUAUACAUAUUAUUAUAUUAUAUUGUUGUAACGACGCGUAAAAAUCGUGUUUCGGUGGAAACGAUUGUGUACAUACGGGAAUUUCGGUUUACAAGCAGUUUUAAUAAUAUAUAUAUAUGUAUACAUUUUUUUACUAUACGCUUAUUAUUACGUGGUACCUGCGUACCUACCUACAUUAACUCGUUUGCGGGUUUGCCGCAAGACUUACGGCAGUCGUCAGUUAAAGUUGUUUUUAUAAAUCCGGCGAUAAAGCCGUAGCAGCUGAUAUCACACGUGGGGUGAACUUGUUAUAAUCGGCGAUCUCGUAUGAAGUAUUCGAAUUAAUACAACUUUACAAGACAACGCCUCGUUUUAUACUGCAGAGAAAAUCAAAAAACUACUUAUACUUACUCGCCGCAACUAGAUUCGAAAUACAAUAAAAAAAGACUUGUUGUUGUUUUUCUAUUGGAAAGAUAUUUUUGGUAGAAAACAUAAGCCGUGUAUACAUUUAAAAUAAAAGAAUGCGUCGUUAAUUUAUACAUUUUCAUUUUUCGUUAUUUUCCGGGUUUUCUCAAUUAAUACGAAAAUUACUUCAAAAAUAAAAAUACCACUUUCAUACUCGCCUACUAUAGUCAAAAUGCAGCAAUAAAAUGUCUCUCAUCGUUUUUCUAUAGCAGCAAUCUUUGCGGUAGAAAACAUAGUUUGCUAACAUUAAAAUCAAUGAAAUCGCCAAUCGGUAACACCAUAAAUAUUUACCAUUUUACCAAUAAUUUUCUUUCGGGUUUUCCCAAUUAUUUCGAAAACUUCUUGGACAAUUAAAAAACAACUGCUUUAAAUGCACCGAAUAGACAAAAUUUCCUUUCGGAAAAAGUACUGUACUUUGUACACGGAGCAAGAUUUAUUUUCUAAAAGUUGUUUACAGACAGAAAAAAAACACAUCAUAGGUGAAAUCAAUAGUUUAAAAUCGCUACACUAUGAAUCUAAAAAAAUAAAAAAUGAAUACUUUUUUACCCGAACCCGAAAAAUGAAUUGUCAUUUUUAAUAAAACAAUAAAUUAAAUUUUAAAACGGGGAUUUUUUUUUUUUUAAUGUGCAAAAAAAUAAAUUAUACGAACGUGAAUUUUUCUUUUCAAUCGAACUGUAAUCAAUUAAUAUUGAUAGCCCAUCAUUCAUCAAUGUGAAUUUACGGCUAUAAUUCAACUGUUUUUUUUUUUAAUGACAGAGACACUAUAAUAUAGAUCUAGUAUAAUAUUAUGGUCUAUUGAAAUAAAAAUUAAUGACGACAAUUUUAAGUCAUUAAUUAUUCAAAUAGUUAUGUGAUGUUGCAUAUAUAUAUAUAUAUUAGAUAAUAAACUAGAUUGCUGGGUUCCCUAUAACAGUGUCAUCCAGGGCCUUUUUAAGGUCACACCACUCAUAACGGUUGAAACGCUCGCGCGAUGCAAUUAUGGUUUUCAAGGAAAUCGAAACAAAUUUAUAGUAAAAGUCCAUACUGCCCCAUAAGCAGAGAAAUAACCGAAAUAAAAUUCUCUCUGGAUUUUCUCUCUCUAUUUAUUAUACAUUCUGUUUAGAUAUUUUACGAAUUCCUAAACAAUUUUUGUAAAUCUGCUUACUGGAAACCUACAUUCCUAUUAAUUUUUAAAUCUGGUAGUUUACGCUCAUCUGAAAUUCUCCAUAAAUUCUGACAAUAAUACUGUAGUAUUAUUAUCUGAAUUUUUACGUUCUAAGAAUAUGUACAUUAUAAUUAGUUUACAUUCUGUAUAGUGUUUAUUUAUGUUCUUUUUAUUUUCUGUUAUAAUAUUUUAUGGGAUUUUUACAUUCUGGCUGGCAGUUUUAAAUUCUGUAAUUUUAUUUUCUGUAUACUUAGAUAUACUCUGUCAAUCAACAGUCUGAUGGUUUUUUUUCCCGGGACAUUGUAUAGGGACCCAAAGACGAUCUACCCAUCUAGUUGUUUUAUAUUUUCUAUGGUCCGGAACUCCGGGCGUACGUAAAAUCGUUCAACUUUCGGCGAUUAAUCGUUUAGGAGGUCCGCGCGACAAUACAGUAGCCAUAUUAAUAAUUAUCGUGUACAGCGUGUGCAUAUCGCCGUUGUGCAAUAUAAUAUAAUAAUAUGAAUUAUCGGGCACGGUGGUUUUAAAUCGCACUCUACUGUAAUAUUUAUUAUCGUAAAGCGCACACGUGUUGGCUUGCGGCUGACCAACGCAACGUCGUCGGCUGCGGUAAAAGCCCAUCGCGUCGUCCAGAGGCGUCCUCAGAGGGGGUGGGGCGAAUGGGACAAUCACAUAUACAGUGUACCGUCUCGUAGAGUGUGCCACUUGGUUUUCCGAAUACGCUCUGUAUAACCUAACCGUUUUCGUUUGGUUUUUCUAUAUUUGUUUCCGUCGCGGUUGUCGUGCAAUUGUUUCACAUUGUGCGCGCACAGGCACAAGUGCUGACAAAAACGAUUAACGCUCUGGCCGACCGCCAACACCGGUCGGACGAACAGUACUCGCGCGUCAAAGAGGAAAACGCCGCGCUUCAAGAUCGAGGAGCGGAUCCGCGAAACCGCACUCGGGUACGAGGAACGGUUGGCGUCGCAGGAACGCGAGCACAAGGAAUCCGUGACCCUGAUCGGCACGGAGAAACAGUCACAAGUCGAUAACUGUAGCAUAAGGUUAGCGCACAAUAUUGUUGUACAGUAUAAUAUAAUGCGGUUAGGUACUCUUGCCGUAUAGCGUAUAGUUGUUAUCGUUGUAUAAACGGGCCGGGUUUUCGUUGUCAUAAAAUAGGUAGUGCAGACUUUGCAAACUAUGCGGCCAAAGGAAAACCUUGUCUAGCUUCUUAUGUUCCUUCUGGAUCAAUAAAAAGCACACGUGCCACAUAAUAACAAUAAAUUUAAAUUUUAACGUAUCCAAUACCCAUAUAAUAAUCACGGGCAGAUUUGAUGUUAUCGAUUUCAUCAUAAUCGAUUUUUGUAAGAAAUAAUAUAAAAUAUUAAGUCUUACACAUGAUUGGGCGCAGUAUCAUUCGCGCCGUAAUUAAGAUGACUUCAUUAUAGUCGCUGUGAUUUCAUAAAGACCGAUUUAAAAUCUAAAAUUCAGAUACGGAAUCGUAUUUUAAGGCUAAUCAGCCGGUGACUGAACUUUUCAGUUUCAAUCAUUUUUCGGACUAAAGCCAAGACUUUAUUUUUUAUUUAUUCAAAUUUCUGGAUAAAGAAACAUACAUUUAUAAUUACAGAAUCGCCCUGCUGGAGGUGCAGGCCGAGAAACGCAAGUCCGCGUUGGAGCAGGCGCGGAUCGAAAACACGUUGUUGAUAGAGCAGAAAAACGAUCUUUACGCGGGCGAGCAGUGGUCCCAAAACAAAAUACGCCAGCUAGAGGCGGACAUCAAGAGGUUGAAAUUCCGGGAGAUGAACAAUAA